AUGGCGAACGACUCUCCGGCCAAAAGUCUGGUGGAUAUAGACCUGGCAUCCCUGCGGGAUCCUGCUGGGAUUUUCGAGUUGGUGGAAGUAGUCGGAAAUGGCACCUAUGGACAAGUCUACAAGGGUCGACAUGUCAAGACGGGACAACUGGCGGCCAUCAAGGUCAUGGACGUCACCGAGAGUGUAGAGGAGGAAAUUAAGCUGGAAAUCAACAUGCUGAAGAAGUACUCCCACCACAGAAACAUCGCCACCUACUAUGGAGCUUUCAUCAAAAAAAGUCCACCAGGCCACGAUGACCAGCUAUGGCUGGUGAUGGAGUUCUGUGGCGCCGGUUCCAUCACAGACCUGGUGAAGAACACCAAAGGCAACUCGCUGAAGGAGGACUGGAUCGCCUACAUCUCCCGAGAGAUCCUCAGGGGAUUAGCUCACCUGCAUGCUCAUCACGUCAUCCACCGUGACAUCAAGGGACAAAACGUGCUGCUGACUGAAAACGCUGAGGUGAAACUGGUGGACUUUGGCGUGAGUGCUCAGCUGGACCGGACGGUAGGACGAAGGAACACCUUCAUCGGGACACCCUAUUGGAUGGCUCCAGAGGUCAUUGCUUGUGAUGAAAACCCUGAUGCCACCUAUGACUACAGGAGUGACCUGUGGUCCUGUGGCAUCACAGCCAUAGAGAUGGCUGAGGGAGCUCCGCCACUGUGUGACAUGCAUCCAAUGAGAGCCCUCUUCCUCAUUCCCAGAAACCCUCCUCCUCGACUCAAGUCCAAAAAAUGGUCAAAGAAGUUCUUCAGCUUCAUCGAGGGCUGCCUGGUGAAGAAUUACACUCAGCGCCCCCCCACCGAGCAGCUGCUGAAACACCCCUUCAUCCGGGACCAGCCCAACGAGAGGCAGGUCCGCAUCCAGCUCAAAGACCAUAUCGACCGAACCAAGAAGAAGAGGGGCGAGAAGGAUGAGACUGAGUAUGAAUACAGUGGCAGUGAAGAAGAGGAGGAAGAAGCAUCUGAGCAAGAAGGAGAGCCAAGCUCCAUAGUCAACGUGCCGGGUGAGUCGACCUUGCGCCGUGACUUCAUCCGGCUGCAGCAGGAGAACAAGGAGCGCUCGGAGGCCCUGCGCCGCCAGCAGCUCCUGCAGGAGCAGCAGCUCCGCGAGCAGGAGGAGUACAAGCGCCAGCUACUGGCGGAGAGGCAGAAACGUAUCGAGCAGCAGAAGGAGCAGAGGAGACGGCUGGAGGAGCAACAACGGCGUGAGCGUGAGAUGAGGAGGCAGCAGGAGCGCGAGCAGCGCCGGCGUGAGCAGGAGGAGAAGAGACGCAUCGAGGAGAUGGAGCGACGCCGAAAAGAGGAGGAAGAGCGCAGGAGGGCCGAGGAGGAAAAGAGGAGGGCCGACCGAGAACAGGAGUACAUCCGUCGGCAGUUGGAGGAGGAGCAGAGGCACCUGGAGAUCCUGCAGCAGCAGCUGCUCCAUGAACAGGCCAUGCUGCUGGCUGAUGAGCGGUACCGGAAGAACAUCCAGGGUUCUCCUCAGUCAGCUCAGACCAAACCACAGCAGCCUCCGGUGCCGCCGCGCUCCGAGUCUUCCUACCCCAAUGGGAACUCGGCAUCCGAGGCACCCGCCAUGCACCGUCCCGUGGAACCACAGGACCUGACGGCUCUGGCCAAGGAGCUGCGUGCGGUGGACGACGUUCGCCCCCCAAAUAAAGUGACGGAUUACUCAUCCUCCAGUGAAGAGUCAGACACCACCGAUGAAGAUGACGACGAAGAGGUGGACCAGGAGGCAGGUGAAGAGUCGACCUCUGGCCCUGAGGACUCCAGAGCUGUUUCUUCCAGGUUGAGCAAUGGAGAGACGGAGUCAGUGAAAACCAUGAUUGUCCACGACGAAGGCGAGAGCGAUGCAGGCUCGACGCCCUGCAAAGACAGCACCCUGAUCGUCAGACAGAGUGCAGGUGACAACAGAAAGCGUCCGGGCCCCGGUCCGGGCCAAGCCCAGACCCCUGUCCUGCUUGCAGGCUUUCCCCCAAGCCCCGGCUCGGUGCCGGGCCCGGUUCUUGGCCACCACACCCCCAGCCCCCACCAUCAUCAUCAUCACCACCACCACCAUCCCACACAGCACACGGACAGGAACGGCUUUGCCGGCCGCAUCCAUCACCUCCCAGACUUGAUCCAGCAGAGCCACCAUUCCUCCCCCUCCUCCUCUGCAUCCAACUCCCCUUCCUCCUCCAGCCUUGCCAGCCCCUCCUCCAUGUCCCCCCAGAGUCCCCUGGACAAGCUCAGCAUCCUCACAGAGAGUCAGUCUAGUAACAACAUGCAGAAACACAAGUCUUCUUCCUCCUUCACUCCGUUCAUCGACCCACGCCUCCUCCAAGUCUCUCCAUCCACCGGCAGCGCCCUCAACAAUGUCGGCUAUGGCAAUGAUGCCCGGCUGGCAGAGGCGCUGAGGGCCGACCCAUCUCGCAAGGGCUCUGUGGUCAACGUUAACCCGGUCAACACUCGCCCUCAGAGCGACACGCCAGAGAUUCGCAAAUACAAGAAGAGGUUCAACUCUGAGAUCCUGUGUGCUGCUCUCUGGGGAGUGAACACGUUGGUGGGAACAGAGAGCGGCCUGAUGCUGUUGGAUCGUAGCGGUCAGGGGAAGGUUUACCCUCUGAUCAACCGACGACGCUUCCAGCAGAUGGAUGUCCUGGAGGGACUCAAUGUUCUGGUUACUAUAUCAGGUAAGAAGAACAAGCUCCGUGUCUACUACCUGUCCUGGCUGAGAAACAAGAUCCUGCACAAUGACCCCGAGGUGGAGAAGAAACAGGGUUGGACUACUGUAGGAGACCUGGAGGGCUGCGUCCACUACAAAGUUGUGAAAUAUGAGAGGAUCAAAUUCUUGGUUCUGGCCCUGAAGAACUCGGUGGAGGUCUACGCCUGGGCACCCAAGCCCUACCACAAGUUCAUGGCCUUCAAGUCUUUCGGUGACUUGGUACACAAACCCCUGCUGGUUGACCUGACCGUGGAGGAGGGUCAGAGGCUAAAGGUCAUCUACGGCUCGUGCUCGGGCUUCCACGCUGUGGAUGUUGACUCUGGGGCCGUCUAUGACAUCUACCUGCCCACACACAUCCAAACCAGCAUCCAGUCUCACGCCAUCAUCAUCCUGCCCAACACCGACGGCAUCGAGCUGCUGGUGUGCUACGAGGACGAGGGUGUCUACGUUAACACCUAUGGACGCAUCACCAAGGAUGUGGUGCUGCAGUGGGGGGAGAUGCCCACCUCAGUGGCCUACAUUCGCUCCAACCAGAUCAUGGGCUGGGGGGAGAAGGCCAUAGAGAUCCGCUCUGUGGAGACCGGCCACCUGGACGGUGUCUUCAUGCACAAGAGAGCCCAGAGACUCAAGUUCCUCUGUGAAAGAAAUGACAAGGUGUUCUUCGCCUCUGUUCGGUCUGGAGGCUCCAGCCAGGUGUACUUUAUGACUCUGGGCCGAAGCAACCUGCUCAGCUGGUAGAGGUCCACACCCUGCCCUCUUCCUCCUCCUCCUCCUCAUCUUCCUCAUCGUCCUCCACCCUCGCUAACACUGGAUCUCAGAACCCACCGUCGAUGACUCGUCAGCCCUUGGACAACCAAAAGAGAACAAAAAAAAACAACCACCAACCAGCCCUUUGGAGCAGUCGACAACAACAGCUUCAGCUUCCUUUGCUGCAUCCAAGCUCCGGGGGGCCACCUGCCACGCAGUGACAACCGGUCACGCGGUUAUCACCCCCUGAAAUACCUGAAGGGACGGCUUGCGUACAAAAUGAAAUCAGUGAUUAAUUAAUACAUGAAAGGAAGUAGAAAUAAAUUUAAUGUGAAUUCAAGAAAAGGGGGCAAACAACUUUUUGUUUCCCCUCUCCGUUUUCUUGGUGCUCAUCAGAUUGCGAUGGGAUAGAUUUUGUACCUCUGCAUCAUUUCCGUGCUCCUGGGCUGGUCAGUAAGCUUGAGGUCGUCUAACUACUAGUACUGCUACCACUCUUAUUACUACUACUGCUACUACCUUCUGCAGGUCUGCCUCUUGUCAGAGAGUUCCCCCUCUGCCCCAUGUUCUUGCCCCCUGCCCUCUCUUGUGAGCACUUCAUGGGGCCGGUGGGGUCGGAGUCUGUUGUUUUAAUGCUACAGUAGUGUGUGUAAAUGUACUUCUGUUUGGUCCAAUUACUGCUGACAUGCUGGUUAGAGGUUGAGACUUGUCAGCCAGGGGGAAACUGUAAAACCCAAGAGAUGGUGGGACAAGCAGGAGGGAGGGGCCUAAUGUUUGAGGUUUUACUGUAAGUCUGACUGAUGGGAUUCGACAGGACGGUGUGUGUGUGUGUGUGUGUGUGUCGUUGAAGUAAUGUGUUGUUCAGACAGGUGCUUUAAAAAAAGGGGGACGACAGAGAGAGAAAGAUGUUGAAGCAGAUGGAUUUCAGAAUAGUAUUUUUUGAAUUAUUACUAUUAUUAUUAUUAUUCCUUGAAGAUAAGUGUAACUAUGUGGAGUUAAACAUGUCUUUUACCUUGUUUUUUAAGAUUUACGCACAUCCACCCACACAGUCCACGGUUUGCUUGCUUUUACUCUGAACCCACAGAAGUGCGAGGUGUGUUUGUCUAAGAAGAAAGUGAUGUGGGUAUGGUCCAAAAAAUACAAUAAAUAAAAGGUGUCUAUGUACAAUAAAAGUUAAUUUAAGCUUCCGGAUAGUGUCAGUGGUCAUGUUUUUCCCCCACCAGUCAAACAUGACGACCUAAACUCAACUCGGGAAACUUGAACUGCUGUGAAUAGUCAAAUAUAAAAUGAAAAAAAAAAGAAGAUGAUGAUGAUAAUGGAGUGAAAAAGUAGAGGGGGAAGUUCAGUAAGUGUGUGUGCGUGUGCGGUCAGAGAGUUCGGUGUCAUCGACAAAUUGGAUUUUUGUGGCAGAGAGGUAAACGUACGGUCAGCAGGCUCGAUUCAGUAAUUUUUUUCUGGAAAACGGUUUUUCUAUCUUCCAUUUCGUUAUCUCAAAUCAUUUCAUUUUUCAUUUGUAUGAAUGCAAUGCACUAAGUGUCCAGAAUGUAGAAAGACUUAUUACUGUGUGGUGGUCUAAGGCAUGAGAUGAUGUUUUUGCUUUGUAUCUUGUCACAAGUGAUCAAUCCUAGAUGUUCAAUUUCGACUUAAAAGACGAUCGGAACCUUUUCCACAGCUGUGAGACUCUGAGGAAGCAAACGCCUUGAGUGCGUCAGAGCUGAGGAGGGUUUUCUGGCAUCGUGCGAGUCCGCUUCACGUACGUCAGGCACUCUUUCCAUCAAAUGAGGACACAAACCUCACCAAUUCAACACUCAGACUCUGGAUUUCAGUGUUACUGUGAUGAAGUGUCACAAAACGGGCAACACGGGCUGUUUGUGAAGAAACUGAAGACGGAAACCCACUUUUUCGGGAAGGAAUUGUUUUCUCUCUUUCGUGCUCUCCACUUCCUGCUCCAGCUGUUAUUUAAGUUGUCUGUAUAUGUGAAAGACUGAGCAGCAAACUGCAGCAUCGAUCUCCUUCAGGCCAUCUGCUGGACUGGAUUCUCCUCCGUUUCCACGACGACUGACAGAUUGCACAUUGUUCACUGAAAAAAAAAAUGGGGGAGGGGGAGGGAGAGUUUAACUUGUGCUCUGACAUCAUGUCCAAACAUGACAGGUCACAAACAAGUUUACCUUGGGUGUGUUUUUCCCCUGACAAUAACAACUACACACACGAGCAGUGUUUUGACAAUCCCUCCCCUUGUACAGAGAAGCUGUAUGGACCCCAGUGCUGUGUCGUCUGAGGUCUGUGUGUGCAGUAGUACCCAGUGUGUGUCUCUUAUUGCAUCAAGGCCUUGAUGAGUGGCUGUUUUGACUUCAUGAAAAAAAUUGUGGUUAUUAUUAAUAUUCUUAAUGAGCUAAAAAAAAAAAAAAAAAAAAAAAAGGUUGAGUUUUAAGUCUAUAUCUGAUGAGAAACAACCGUCGCUUGUCGACUCACAUUGGAAAAAGUGCCAUGACGGCAGCAUAUAAAACAUGUAAACAUAUUGUUAUGAAAACCACUACUUGGAAAUUCUUUUUUUUUUUUUUUUUUUUUUUUAAAUU